UCGACUGUGUUAGGAGAUUUGUUUUAAAACUUCCCGGGAAAAUUAGAGGAAGGCUGAGACAACGUGCAACGCAAAUGCGAUUUUCGAAAAAGUAUUCUUUGCAAAGAACCUCUCACCAGAGUCAACCAACAGGAACACACAUCCAGUAUGUCCGACAUGUCUGACAUAAUGGAAAGAACGCCCAAACGCCCAAAGCGUAUUAUCACAGAAGUCACCGAAUCCUGCAGCACCAACAGUACAGAGAUAACCGAGACUUACAGGUCGCCUCGACCGCCAAGAGGAGAUGGUGAAUCAAGUAGCCGCUACUGGAGAGAAGGGUGGUCAGGGUUUGACCGCAUGAGUCGGUGGCAGUAUCCGGCCAGUGUGACCAGUAGCUCUGGGAUUAACAUGUCAUCCUCCCCUGAUGCCCAGCUGCUAGACUUAGACUAUGACUUAGUGAGACAGCUUCAGACGCCAGAUCAGAUAGCCAGUAUGGCUUCAUCUUAUGUCAACCAGCAGGUUCUCUUGCACAGUCACUGCCGCCUGACCACCCAGGAAAUGGACCAGAUUGUGAGAGUCAUGCAGGACGUGGCCAUUCUUGACCGUGAUAUCCUGCUGAAGUUUAUAGUAGAGUAUAACAAGUGUCUAAAUCAGUAUGCCUCCACCACUGCCUUGCAUGGCCCAGUGAUUAAACUGCUCCUGGAUGUGCUGCUGGUCUCUUUGGACCCCGUGGAAAAUGUAAUUGUUUGUCUUCAGCUGCUUAGCAUAUUUGGCCAGUUUACUCAAAAUCUGACCGUCAUGAUUGAGUGUCAAGUGGCGGCCACAGUUAUGGGUGUCAUGGCGGUCCACAGCCGCCACGCGCUGGUUCAGCAUCAUGGCUGCACCAUAUUGGCAUACAUUGCCACAUAUCAACAACUGCCAAAUAAAAAGCCAGCUGUUGGGGAGAGUGGAGCAGAAUUACUGUUACGAGCCAUCAAUGGACACAAGAGUAACCUGGAUGUAGUGCGGCCAGCAAUUAAAGCCCUGUCAAAUGUCACCUCUAAUUUGACAUCGGUGACGACAUCUUCACCCGCACAGGUGCUGGGCAAGGAAGGUACAUGGCAAGAACACACAGCAGAAUCGGAGGGUCUGGAAUCCUGCAGUGGCCAUCUUGUCAUUGACUACAUCCAGUCCUUUGUGCUUCCCGUGGUUGAGGAGAUGAUGCUCAGGCACUGCUACGACCCUGUAGUACUAGGAGAGGGCAACAAGAUGAGGACAGCUCUUAAGAGCAACAGUUCCUCUAAUUCAGAAGAAGAUGGCAAUUAUGGUGGUGACGGUGUUAAUGAUGAUUCAAAGAAAUGGACAUUUUUCAAAUGGAAAUCGAAGUCGGAUGUCAAAUCAUCACCCUCAUCCAACAGCGGCCGUAUUCCUAUCAAACCGCCUGUGUCACCACCAAAAGGAACAUCAACGCCAUCUAGUGUCCAUAAAGAACAGUCAGACAGUGUCAAAAAGCAAGAGCCAGAUACUUGGCGAGAUGAUUUUGAACUUGGAGAUCUCACCACAACACCCCCUAGAGAAGGCAAGAAACCUACUGUUGCCCGUUUGAAUUCACAGAACAGAGCACGUGAGAAUAAUAAUGCUUCACAGUCGAGCAUUUGUUUACAGCCAGGAACCUGUUAUUUCAGCCCCACGGUCCAGUCUCCUCAAUCGUCAGUAUAUACGGUCUCAUUCAAGGGAGCCCCUGAUUUCACUGCUGCGGCCCCCUAUGCAGUUUUGAAUGAAUCUGUCCUAUCAGAGGAUAGUCUGCCUCCCCCCAAGUUUAAGUUUAAAAAGAAGAAAUCUGGCCCAGUUAGUGGUUGUAUUAAGUGCUUGUCUUUUUUUCCACCAAUCAGAUGGUGUUUGUGUAGCUCAGUCGUACGUUAAACUUGUGAUGUGGUCCAUGUUUUGCUAAAAGCAGUUCUUCAUCUUGUUUGUGAGCAGUUAUAAAUAGAACAUUGGAAUGAUGUGAGAACAUUUUUUGUUUUCCAUGGGCUAUGUUAGUUUUCACCAUUAACAUAAUUUCUGCGUAUUUAUUUAUUUAUUUAUUUAUUUAUUUAAGAAGGGAUUAAUUGGUUGAUUUUUCUGUUACCAGUAUUUAUGAAAGAAUCAAUUGUUCCAAUUAUUUAUGGAACAUUUGAUUAAUUUUUUAUUAUUUCUACAAAAUUCGACUUUCAAUUAUCUACGCAUUAUGUUAUUAGCUUAUUUCUGUGCACAAGUAACUUAUUUAUGAUUCAAUGAUAUUUUAUUUAUCUGUAAUAACAUUGAAUACUCAAAACUCCUACUUCGGUACUCAGAACUCUUACAUAUUGUCAAGAAUCAGCAGGGAACCUGUUUCUUGUGACAAUUUUGUCUCAGUCCAAUGUUGAAAAA